UUUCCCAUUCUCAUCCUCGCCUGAGUCGCUUCUCUUUCUCCCACGCCUCCGACCACCGCCCAUUUCCAAAUCUGCGAUUCCGUCAUUUCCCAACACACACAAACGCACCCCGAAGAUCCCGAUCUCCAUAGCACCGAAGCUCCAAGGGAAUCCUAACCCUAGCUCAUCCACCAUGGCGACCUCACUGGCAGCGGCGGCGGGGACGGCGCUGGAGGACCUGCCGGAGGACGCGCUGCUCGCGAUCCUGGCCUUCCUCGCGCCGCCCGACGCCGCCGCCGCCGCUUGCGCCUGCCGCGCCCUCGCCAAAGCCGCGUCCUCCCCGUCGCUCCCGCUCACCCUCGCGCUCCGCCUCGGCCUCCCGCCCCCGCGGCCCACCCCGGAGGCCUGCCCCGCGGCGGCGCGCCGCCUCUUCCGCUCCCUCCACCGCCUGCGGCGCCUCCUCGGCCUCUGGCGCCGCCUCCCCUCCGCCCACUCCGCCUCGCCCUCCCUCGCCGCCUUCGAAUGGGCUCCUCGCGCCACCCUUGCCGCCUCCCUCCUCGCGCCCUCCAAGCACGGGUUCUCCGUGUCCAAGUCCCCUUUCGUGACCCUCUCCAUCGCGGAGUCCGGUGAUACCGUGGCGGCGCUAGGGGAGGUGCCUGUCUGCGUCAAUUUCGUCGGGGACAACCACAUUGUUGUGGAGGCGGCGUCGGGGGAAGAUGAGGAGGAGGGGAUGGAGGGGGGCUCUCCACCGGAGGAGAUGUACAUGCAUUUCGCCAACCGUAGGAGCCCUGGGGCAGGGAGGAGAAGGAGGGAGAGGCAUGGAAGGAGGAAAGGGGGCCGGAUGGAGGCUGAACACUUUGUGAGGAUCCCAGAUGCUGAGCCGACCAAACUGCGGCCGCUGCAGGGCCUGUGGAAGGGUAUAUGCGAGAAUAGGACUAUGGAAUUUUACGUUGUCACCUAUGAUGACAUUGGUGGAGUUACUUGUCGACGAGUUAGUGAGACUGGGGGCCAAAGCUCAGGCUACUCCCCCAUCUUUUGGACUACAGACGCUACAUUUCUUGCACCACCAUUCUCUGAACAGGAGCUGGAUCAUUAUAAUUGCCGUGAGCAUAUUCGAGGCGUGACUUCUGGCCAUGAAGGGACUCGGAACAAGGUUGUCUCUCGGAUACUGUGCAUCAAUUCCAGUUAUGAUGUGGUUGAUCCUCAUCUGUCAGCCCCCUUAGACGAUACGAGGAAUGUGGAAGGAAGGAUUUGGCUUUACGAGGAUGGAACCUUUGGGUUUGGAUUCAUUGGAACUAAUUCCGUUAUAGAUCUGAGGCAUGUCUCCUUGGAUGGUUGUAUCGACUCUUCAUAGUUCAUACUAAAUAUAGGUCCUUCUGGCAUGUAAUUGUUGCUAGGACUAGGAAACCUUUUGUACAGCAUUGUUUGCACAAAUUUGAUAGUUGGUGGUUGGCUUGUUGCCUCCAGUUGUACUCUAGAUGACAAUUCACAAAUUUGGCCCCCUUCUGUCAUGUAAUUGUUGCCAGGAUAACCAUGUAUCCUGGUACUGCACUAAAUGGUGGCCCCUUAUGGCAACUGCUUGUUGCUAGAACACCCUUGUAAUAUUAUUACACAAUUUAAUCUCUAAUAAAUUGGAGUUGAUACAUUUUAGGGC